AUUUGCACUGAGUCGCCUACCUUGUGUGGUGUGCGGAGCAAAAUAAAGAUGAAGGGCUUUCGAAUCCUCGGUAUCAGAGAGCAGGAUACGCUACUUCUGGCUGCCUUCUCUUCCUUCCGUCUCCCUUUCUCUCUCUUCUUCUUCGUCUUCUUAGACUGUUAUGACGACGGUGGGCGUCCUGGCGCUGCAGGGUUCUUUUAACGAGCACAUGGCGGCGUUGCGGAGGAUAGGGGUGAAAGGGGUGGAGAUAAGGAAGGCGGAGCAACUGCAGGCCGUCGACGCCCUCAUCAUCCCGGGCGGCGAGAGCACCACCAUGGCCAAGCUCGCGCACUACCACAACCUCUUUCCUGCUUUACGAGAAUUUGUAAGUACUGGGAAGCCUGUCUGGGGAACCUGUGCAGGACUUAUUUUCUUGGCAAACAAAGCAAUUGGUCAAAAGUCAGGAGGCCAAGAGCUUAUUGGGGGACUAGACUGCAUUGUCAAUCGAAAUUUUUUUGGUAGUCAGCUUCAGAGCUUUGAAACAGAACUGUCAGUCCCUAAGCUUGCAGAGGAGGAAGGGGGGCCUAAAGGUUUCCGUGGAGUUUUUAUACGUGCACCAGCCAUCUUAGAAGUAGGACCUGAUGUCGAGAUAUUAGCAGAUUGCCCUGUUCCUUUGGAAACGAAAAAGAGUAUAAUGUCUGUUGACAAUGGCCAGGAGGAGGAAAUAGUUUCUCGUGAGAGAGUAAUUGUUGCAGUAAGGCAAGGGAACUUACUGGGGACUGCUUUUCACCCUGAACUGACUACUGACCUGCGAUGGCACAGUUUAUUCUUGAAAAUGAAGAAAGACAGCAGUGAUAGGUGCUUGCAACGCGUUCCCACAUCAGGAACAGACUUAGAAGAUUCUCUAGGAAAGAGACCUUUCGAUCUCCCCAUUUAUGAAUGAUAUUAAAGAUGACAACCGACAAGUUGACUUGUCUGUACUUAGGUUGUUCACAUUCUAACAGCUCCAUGAGAUUUAUCUCAUAAUGAAACUUUCAUUUAUUUA